GCCAACUGAGUCAUUUCCGCGUAAGACGCCAGUAAACUUAGGUGGUGUAGCUCGCGCUCGACGUCCUGCUUAUUCUGACCGAGGUACACUGUAUAUGAUACCGAUUCGCUAAGAAGGAAGAACCUAUUGAUUCAACAAAUACAGCUUGCCCCCAGGGAAAAAUCAUCCUUCAAUCAAGCAUGCAUGCAAUAAAGGCUGUGGAGUUUGUGGCAGAAAAAAACGUGCCGUGAUUUUGUCUUUUUUUUCCAGAUAGGAAAGGGUGCUUCCAUUUGAACUUUUGGCUGUUGGCUUCAGGAAACUGAUCAGUGGCUGUGAUAUCACACUUCUGACACCUUAUUUAUCGCCCAGCUGCCACCAUGGUGUUUCUGAGGGUGCGACUUCAUGGAGUGGAUGAUAUAGACCUGCCCAACAAAGACUCAAGUGAAUGCAAUGUUGUCAUUCACAUCAAAGAAAAAGUCACCACUGCACAAGGGGGAAGCAGUUUCAUGACUACACGCAAGCUGACCCCUCUCUGGGGCAAGUGCUUCGACUCACAUCUCUAUGAGGGCCGCAUCAUCCACAUCAUCAUCCAGAAUAACAACAAAAUGGUGGCAGAGGCUGAACUCAAAGUCAUGGACAUGGCCGCUAUGUGCGGCACCAACGGCGAUGUGCUUACCACCAACUUGACUCUGAGGCCAACAGGCACACUCCAUGCGCAGCUCAAGUGCUUCUCAGAAUCAAAAGAUGACCCCAACCAAGUGAGCAUGAUCAAGCCGAGCCAGGCCCUCGAAGUAGAUGACAAUGACAAGACUGGUUCUGGUGCCCUCACAAGGCGGCGUGGUGCCAUGCGGCAGGCAAAAGUCCACGAGCACAUGGGCCAUAAGUUCAUUGCCCACUACUUCCGCACCCCAACCUACUGCUCCUUCUGCAAUGAGUUCAUCUGGGGUGUGAUGGGAAAACAGGGCUACAAAUGCAAAGAAUGUCAGUUGGCUGUGCAUAAACGCUGCUACAACCAAGUGUUGAGUAAGUGUCCCGGUGCAGGCAUCGAAACAAUGGAUACAAAGACUUUGAAGAAGCGUUUCAAUCUUAACUUGCCCCAUCGCUUCAAGGUAUUCACCUACAUGAGUCCUACAUUCUGCGAUCACUGUGGCACAAUGCUGUAUGGUCUUUUCAGGCAAGGGGUCAGAUGUGAAGACUGCAACGUGAACAUCCACCACAAGUGCAAGAAGAAUGUGCCCAAUCUGUGUGGCAUCAAUCAGAAAUUGAUGGCCGCUGCCAUACAUGAGGUGGAGGAGAAGAAGCGCAUUGCUGCCAGCAAGGGUGCUGCUGUAAGUCCGGAGACAUUACAUGAUGAUUCAGAUGAUGACGAGGCAAUUUAUGAGCCACUGUGGCAAGCUGUAGCCCCACCUGACAAGGAGGACAAAGCCCCGCCCCCUGCACCCAAGCUGUACAAGAUUGAGGAUUUCACUCUCGUCAAAGUUCUAGGCAAAGGAAGUUUUGGAAAGGUCAUGCUAGCUCAGUGUAAGGGCACUGACAAGUACUACGCCAUCAAGGCCCUCAAGAAGGAUGUGGUGUUGGAAGAUGAUGACGUGGAGUGCACCAUGGUGGAGAGACACGUCUUGGGCCUUGCCUGGCAACAUCCUUUCCUCACCCACCUGUUUUGCACCUUCCAAAGCAAGGGCCACCUGUUCUUUGUGAUGGAGUACUUGAAUGGUGGAGAUCUGAUGUUCCACAUCCAGUCAUCCCUAAGAUUUGAAGAAAGAAGAGCAAGAUUCUAUGCGGCAGAGAUCAUCUGCGGCCUGCAGUUCCUUCAUCGCCGUGGCAUCGUCUAUCGUGAUCUCAAGCUGGACAACGUGCUGCUGGACUUCGAGGGCCACAUCAAGAUAGCAGACUUCGGCAUGUGUAAGCAGAACAUCAGUCUGGAGAACAAAGCCUCGACGUUCUGCGGCACUCCCGACUACAUCGCACCAGAGAUCCUGAACAGCCAGAAAUAUAGUUUCUCUGUAGACUGGUGGUCUUUUGGUGUGCUGCUGUACGAGAUGCUGAUAGGUCAGUCGCCUUUUCAUGGCGAUGACGAGGAGCUUCUCUUUGAUUCCAUCCUCCAUGACACGCCCCACUACCCGCGGUGGCUGUCCAGUGAAGCCAAGUCCUGCGUAUCAAGUCUUCUCAUACGUGACCCGAACAUGCGAUUAGGAGUAAGGAGUGAGAUUCGCAACCACGACUUCUUCAAGUCUGUCAACUUUGAGAAGCUGGAGAGGCGAGAAAUCCCGCCUCCAUUCAAGCCUAAGAUAAAAUCUGCCUCCGACGCCAGCAACUUUGACCCAGAAUUCACCAUGGAGAAGGUGGCACUGUCCGUCAUCGAUCGGCAGGUCCUGGAAACCAUCAACCAGAACCAAUUCCGCGGCUUCUCCUUCACCAACCCCAUGAUGGAGCGGUAGUCAGCCAAACAGCAGCAACCACUGACUGCAAUGGAGUUGGAAGUACACAGUGUGAGGCUAAGUGACAAUAGUGUGCAUACUUUUAGUAAGUUAGGGGUAUUUACAUGUAGGAGCCUUGUUAGUGGCUGGAAAAGAGACUAACACCAUUAGUUGGUUGACUGUUAUGUGGACAUUUUGUUUGUACCAGGUUAUUGUUUUAUAAUAUCAUUUAAUCCAACAGUUGAUGGAGUUAGUAUUUCUUAUCCAAGAGACUGGCGCUGGUUAUUACAUGUACUGAAUCACUCUGUCAUUUCUUGAUCAGCUUACAUGUACAUGUAUUAUAAUUGCGUUUUCAUCUUUUAUAACAUACCAGUAAAACUCCAUUUACCCUCAGAUGCCAACAACGACAAUGUGAAAGUCUCACUUCCAAGAUUUGUAUUUUUCAACACAAAUUUUGAUAUUUUCAGUGGGCAGUUGAGUCUCGUCGCAUCAUAAAGUUUAAGCCUGUAAGAAGGAACAUGUGUUCAAAUGGAUACUUAGUGAACAAUUCAUUGUGGAUUUGUGUGGGCAAUGGCAAUGCAUUCCAAUUAAUGCAAUCAGAGGUAGUUUGUAUUUUCUGUGUGAUGAUAAUAUUGUACUUAAUUGAGGCAAGUCUAUCAUUCUAGUUGUUUAGUUUCUGUGCAUCAGUUAUUUACAAUCAUGCUUUUGUCAGAUACCAAAUUUGGUUCUUUUCAUUAUUAUCUGCUCUUUCUUUAUCCAUGUAUACUUAAAGUUCAUCAUUUGUUAACAUGUCAUUUUGUGUAUAUAUAUGCGUAUUUUAUGUUUUACCCAGUAUUACUGUUAUGUUACAUAUACAGGUAUAUUUUGUAUUUCUGGCAAUGUGUGUUUUUUUUUUCACCACUCUUAAUAUGAGUACAUUCAUUUUUCUGUUUUAACACAGUGUACCAUCUCUAUUAAAGAUUCUUUAACCCCGGGUGUGUACACUUUUUUAACUGACUUUAUAUCACAGGCUGGUACAUAUGUACUGAUAUGUUGGCUCCGUAGUCAUGCCAUCUGUGUAUACUUUGAAUGCUGGCUUACGAUUUUAAAUUUGGUGCAGACAUUUCCCAAGUGAUUCCACUACAGUGAGGGUGCUUGUAGACUCUAUUCAAGUCUGGCUUCCAUACCUUACAUGUAUACCAGCUGGAUCCAUAUGUGUAGUUCACGUUAAGGGGCCAUGCAAAAGUACUAGGUUUAGAGCAUUGUAGAUGUUAUGAAUGUUGAGAAUACAGGCUGUUAUUGGUUUAGCCAUGGACCAAUCACACAUACAGGGCGAACAGGGGUGCUUUCAAUAGAGCAAUGCUUGCGCAAUGAUGGAAGCACUGAUAUUGUAGGUCCUAUAGAGGCUAUGCAUGGCAGCCAUCUUUCCAGUCAGUGCUUUUGUCAUGGGGGAUAUGCACAGACGGUCUACUCAUGUGUAUCCCUAUGGAAUAUAAAUAUUGACGGGGAAGAUGGCUGAUGGCAUAACCUCUGUACUGAUUAUUGAAUGAAAGUGUGCCAGAUGUGUAUAAGCAAAAACAAAACUGCCACUACAAAUGGAAUAAACAAAAUGCGCAUUUAAUUAUA